CGCUUGAGCUCUCUUUACAGUCUGCUCUGACCAGCUCUGACUCUGACACUACUUCGUUUCAGUCUCAUCGCACUCAGAGGCUCAGACACAUUAAACUGAUAGGGUUGCCUGACUAUUGCAAGUGAAAUUGAGUGAAGUCUAGAACGGCGCAGGAAUUUCUUAAAAAAGAAAAAGAGGCUCUAGUAGAAUAUAAGCAAUGGCCCAAUCUGCGUUGAGAGGUUUAUGUUCGCGUGCUCAAUCAUUUAGAUUGUUUGUCGUACCUCAGAGAUGUCACUCCCUGUCAAGACCCUUGUUUAAAAAAGAAGAUGUGGAAGUUACUUUUAUCAAAGCAAGUGGGGAAGCCAUUAAAACCAAAGGAAAAGAAGGAGACAGCUUGUUGGAUGUUGUUGUCAACAAUAACAUUGAUCUGGAUGGUUUUGGAGCCUGUGAAGGAACUCUCACCUGUUCUACCUGCCAUUUGAUCUUCAAGCAGAAUGAUUUUGAUGAGUUACCUGAAAAACCAACCGAUGAAGAGCUGGAUAUGCUUGAUCUUGCUUAUGAGCUAACUGAAACGUCACGUCUGGGCUGUCAAAUCAAUUUGUCAAAGAAACUCAAUGGAUUAGAAGUGAAAGUUCCUUCCACAAUCAAUGAUGCCCGCAGCAGUUAAGAUGUAACUGUCUUAGGUGAUAAUUCUUGAAGGUGUCUUCACUAAAAACUCUUAACUUCCUAAGUUUUAAAUCCUGAAGCUGUGAAAUGCACCUUUGUUGAGUUGGUUGGAUGCAUUGUUCCCAAAAAACACGAAAAAGUCACUCUCAGCCAUUUUCCAGUUAUUCACUUACGUCCAGUGUGGACUGGAUAGUCAAAAUUUAGGCAGAAUGAGACUUACUUAGACCGUCAAAAACUCAAAGCUGAUUAAAAGUGAGUCUUUUGUGUUUAAUGGUUUUGUUAGUCUUGAGUACGUUAAAAUUGUUGCAAAUGAUUAGUGUAAUCUGCUGCACAAUUACAGAUUGUAUUCAAUCACGUUCAGUGCGGCGCAACCACAAUGUGGUCACCUUUUUUGCCGUGUUUUAUUUUUCAACCCUAGAUAUGCUCAGCAGCACUGAAUAUGAUAAUGUAUGUUUACUUAACAUCUGAAUUUGUUAUGAUUUUUUCUUUGUUGAUCCAAAGAAUCACAAUACUGCUGUGCAACUUUGUGAAAAUAACUUUAUCCUUUCCUAGUUGUAUUAUCCCUGUUUGAGAUUUUUAUCAGUUGUACAAAGAUUUACAUGUAUUUACAAACAGGUAUUCAAUUAUAUUUUUAUAUUGGA